AUGGAUGAGUGUAACUGUGGGAAAUGGGAAAUAAAAUUGGCCGAUUUGAAUGAAUAUGGAAGUGCGAUAAUAUGGGAUGAGCAGAUAGAUGCACCUGACUCGAUGAAUGUGUCAUUAUUUAGUUGGUUGGUUCUCAAGUCGUAUUCAACCACACCGGAUAUCGAAACGAAUGNCGAUGAGCAAACAAUGGAGACGGUGAUGGGACAUAACACUGUGGGCAUAGGAAAGCAGAGGCAGCACGGAGAUUUGAGGCCAAAUUUCAUUUGA